GUCAACCAGAGCCCACUUGAUGCCAGGGCUGGGAGAAUCAUUUAAGCUGACGGCGCCGGCCCCCGCAGCCCCGCCGCGCGCCACCGGACGCGCCAGGCACCGCUUGCAGCCCAAACUUGCUCGCCGCUGGCCCGGGCAGCCCCCGCGGCUGCUGCUUGCAUUGCCGACCAAAAGACCGACUUGCACUGCCCGGCUUGCCGCGCGCGCCGACGCCCGCCGCGCCAAGGCAGCUCGCAGCCAACCGCGCUGCCCGACGCUGGGCGAUAGGAACGCAGCCGCAUCCGCCUUGCACGUGCAAAGAUGGCCGUCGAGGGCACGGUCGUCGAGGUCAAGCGGGGCGAGCCCGUGCCCGCGCACGUCGGCGUCGGCGACGUCGUCGUCGUCCAGCCGGACCACGGCGGGCCCAGGUUCGGCAUGCCGCACGCCGAGGUGACCGUGAGCGCCCUGAGCUCCGAGUGGCCCUUCCCCAUGUGCUGCUCUGUGUGGAAAUCAACCAGUGUGUCGGGUGCUCGGCGAUGGCGCGGCCGUCCUGGCUCGAUCGAGCGGUGAGGAACCGGCAUCGCCACGCUAUCGAGCAGGCGUCGCGUCGAUGGCGUGGAGGUCGACGCGCGAACGCGCCGUAAAAUGUUGAUUUCCACACAGGUGCUGCUCGUGCGUGCUGCCGGACCGCUGCACGCUGGACCAGGGCCUCUGCUGCUACGCCUGCUGGUGCGCCGUCUGCGCCCACGCGGAGGUCGCCGAGCAGAACGGCAUCCGCGGCCUCUGUCGCCAGAAGGAGUGGUACAAGCAGUGCGGCAUCAUCGUCGGCGUGUAUCUUCUUGCCGGUUAUUUUAUCAUGCCACUCAUAUCUUGUCUCUUCGUGCCCUGGAUCAUGACGGCGUACGGCACCCAGGUCCGCGACGGCGUCAAGCGCAAGUGGGGCCUGCCCGACGACGAGUGCUGCGGACCGACCUGCACGACGUACCUCCCCGGCUACCUCGGAAUCGCAACCUGCGUGCCGGUCUUAUUCCCGCAUCAGGGCCAGUGCGCGGCGUACCAGAUGCUCUACUUUAUGAAGAAACGGGGCGCCCCGGCCCCCGUGUGCCCGUGCUACAAGCACGUCUGCGUCCACUGCUCGCCCCCGGUCGACGGCGCGGAGGAAGACAAGUACCAGCGGAUUUCCCGGAAUAUGGGAGAGACAUUGCGCGAGGCCGACCAGCACAUAUUGGAAGAUUUAACCGACAACCUUCAUAAGGACGUAGCGGAAGGUGACCCGUUUAAAAACCAAAAUACGAAGGACGAAACGGUCACCACGACGCAGCCGACCUAGCGGGUCGCCCGUCCCCCAAUUCGCGCUUUGCUUAGAGCUACGCCGACGAGCCGCGGACCGCCGCUCGCCCCCAAUUCGUAACCACACC